AUGACUAUUGAAGGAAGGCUUAUAGUCACAGUACCUAUUGUAAGCUAUUGCCAUAAUGAUGCUUUUGUGCCUUAUGAUGAGCAAAAAUGUGCACAUUUAAAGUCCAUAUGGGGCUUUCUAAAAAUGCACUACGAAAGUUCGUCCUUAAUAAUGGCUCUCUACUUCGCUAAUCAGAGCUGCGAUCCAUUCCUUGCCAGAGAUGCUCCAUGUCGGAUCAGAACGCAUGUUCAAUAUACAGUCAAUGCUACCAAUUUCUUUGAUAUUCAGAAAACCAUCAUGUUCUCCAAAGAACACAACAUUCGCCUUGUCAUUCGUAAUACAGGGCAUGAUUAUCUAAGAAAGUCCACAGGGCCUGGGACAUUGGGCAUCUGGACUCACCAUUUCAAGGAUAUUGAAGUUAUUAAUUACAGUUCUCGUUAUUAUAUGGGAAAAGCCAUCAAGAUUGGUGCUGGAGUCCAGAUGUUUAAAAUAAAUAAGAUCAUGCACGCGCACAAUCUGGGAGAUUAUGAGCAGCUCGCAUCUAUAUUCGGUCUUGCAGCGGAUCAAAUCUUAGAAUUUGAAAUUUUGACAGCUUCACAAUCUUUGAAUGAGGAUCUAUACUGGACCUUUGCCGGUGGAGGCGGUGGUACAUUAAGUAUUGUACUGUCUAUGACUAGUAAAGCUCACCCAGAACUUCGCACCGCUGUAGCAAAUUUAACUUUUACAAAUGCUGGAAUCUCACAGGACACUUUUUUUAAUGCCGCAAAGAUAUUCAUUAUAGGUCUUGGCCUUAUACUAGAUGCUAGUAAGACAAGUAUUUGGCUAUUAAUAGAAUCAAUGUUUACUAUUACACCUAUAACGAUCCCAGGUGGAAGCAAAAAUCAAUUACAAAAGUUGAUAGAUCCUAUUUUGCAGACGCUAAAACGUGACAACGUUACAUAUACGAUGAAUCCAAUAUUUAAUAUUACAGAAGCUCAACUAGGGGGUCGCCUUAUCCUACAGUCUCUGUUGGAUUCAAGUCCUGGAGUUAUUAUAAACGUGUUUCAAAAUAUUCUUAUAUUGAAAAAUACCGCUCUACUUUCUAGAGUCUCUGUAAAUAUCUCAAGGCAAGCAGAUCUUAUCACCAACAAGCUACUCUCUAAGCUAGAGAGAAUAAUGCUAGGAGGGGGUGUGUAUCUUAAUGAGGCGGACUCAGCCUAA